AAUGUUGUUGUUUUUGGUGUUUAGAAUCAAUGAUACACACACCAAAUUCUAAACCAAAGCAUAAGACAGGAUUAUAGAAACCCAAUCCCAAACCCCUUGUUUUACGCAGACACGUGCGGCUCGUGUGGCAAUGCUGGUUUUGGAUAUUUCCACUGCGGACUACGAACUUACAUUACUGACACUAUCUAACGCCUGUCUCCUCCCUUUUUCUCCUUUCCUCCUUCUCCUUGGCUGUAUUCGAUUCCAUAUAUAUAAAAAAUACCAAGAAAAAUACUCUUCGCUUCAUCAUCUUCCAUUUCUCAUCCGCUGCCGCUGCCUGCAAAACGUUUUCCCCCUUCUAAUCAAUCUGAUUGUUUCCAGAUUUCAACCUACUUUUCUUUCUGCUACACAUGCGGCUUUUGGGUUGGAACCUCCUGCCCAAGCCCGACGGAUUUGAUGUUUGGUUCUUACUCUGCAACUGCUACUUUGCUUUCUGGAAUGAGGCUUUGAACUGGAUUAAUUGGAAUUCAAAGGAUUAACAAGGAAGUACCUAAUCGAUUUGUUUUGAAGGUUUUGUUCUAUUCGUCCCCAGUUUAAGCGAUCUGGAAUUCGAUCGUUGAUCUUGAUCGAUCUCUGGUGCUGUGCUUUUCCGCCCGCCAUGGACUAAUAGCGUCCAGUUUUGGGGCUGAGAAAUCCAACUGUCGGUUUUUGAUCGAGGGGAGCUCGGUUUAGUUCAGAUUUACUUGUAAACUCGUUUUCCUCGAUGUUCUUCUGCAUAUGAUCAUGGAGAAACUCGGUAGUUUCAAAGAAAUUUCGUUGGAGAAGCAGUCGAGCUCUCGCGCGGGGGUUAUGGAGAAACAGAAGAGCUUCCGCGGAUUCAUGGAGAAGCAGAAGAGCUUCCGGAUGGUGAUGGAGAGGCAACUGAGUUUCAUGGGCGGCGAGAGGAAGAAGGCGAAGGAAUCGCCGGGGAAACGUGGGGACUCACCGCUUCACUUAGCAGCACGAGCUGGAAACGUAGCGAGAGUCAUAGAGAUUCUUCAGAAUUGCGUUAAUGAAAACGAGUCAAAUGGUUUAUUGUCAAAGCAGAAUCUGGAAGGAGAGACUCCUCUUUAUGCGGCCGCAGAAAACGGCCAUGACUUUGUCGUUGCAGAGAUGUUGAAAUAUUUGGACCUCGAGACUGCAUUUAUGGCCGCCAAAAAUGGAUUAGAUGCCUUCCACGUUGCAGCAAAGCAUGGCCAUCUUGAGGUGUUGCAGGAACUUCUUCAAGUAUACCCCAACUUGGCCAUGACUACAAACUCAGUCAACUCAACUGCUUUGGACACAGCAGCUACGCAGGGACACAUCGAUGUGGUAAAUCUCCUUCUUGAAACAGACUCAGAACUUGCUAAGAUUGCUCGAAACAAUGGUAAGACUGCCCUUCAUUCAGCUGCAAGAAUGGGCCAUGUUGAAGUAGUAAAAUUGUUAGUAAGCAAGGACCCAAGCCUUGGUUUUCGAAUGGACAAGAAGGGCCAGACCCCACUGCACAUGGCUGUAAAAGGGCAGAACGAGGGGAUUGUGAUGGAGUUACUAAGGCCUGAUCCGUCAAUUUUGAUGUUGGAAGAUAACAAGGGAAACACAGCAUUGCAUAUUGCUGUAUCAAAGAGACGUAUGCAGAAUGUUUGUUGCCUAUUAUCUAUCAAUGGUAUCAACAUAAAUGCCAACAACAAGAAUGGAGAGACCCCACUGGACAUUGCAGAGAAAUUCGGAUAUUCAGAACUUGCAACUAUCUUGAAGGAAGCAGGGGCAGUGAAUUCCAAAGACCAGGGCAAACCCCGAAGUGCAGCCAAACAACUUAAGCAGACGGUUAGCGACAUAAAGCAUGAUGUUGAGUCCCAACUACAGCAGACCCGCCAAACUGGUUUUAGGGUUCAGAGAAUUGCCAAAAGAUUAAAGAAACUUCACAUUAGUGGCCUCAACAAUGCCAUAAACUCUGCCACUGUUGUGGCUGUUCUCAUUGCUACUGUAGCUUUUGCUGCCAUAUUCACUGUGCCCGGCCAGUUUGUUGAGGAUAAAACGAAUGAUUCUACUCUGGGACAAGCGCAUAUUGCUACGAGUGCAGCCUUCAUCAUUUUCUUCGUCUCUGACAGUUUGGCGUUGUUCAUUUCCCUGGCAGUUGUGGUCGUCCAGACAUCUGUAGUUGUGAUUGAACAGAAGGCAAAGAGACAGCUUGUUUUUGUGAUUAACAAGCUCAUGUGGUUGGCUUGCCUCUGCAUAUCAGUUGCCUUUAUUUCAAUUACUUAUGUGGUUGUUGGCUCAAACCACAAGUCCCUUGCCAUCUGUGCAACUGUGAUCGGUAGCACAAUAAUGCUUACAACAAUUGGCUCCAUGUGCUAUUGCGUCAUUCAACACAGGAUGGAAGAGUCGAAAUUGAGAAGUAUAAAUCGAGGCGAAAGCCGAUCCCGUUCAUAUUCCAUGUCUGUUGUUGCAUCAGAAUCGGAGUUGUUGAAUAAUGAAUACAAAAGAAUGUAUGCACUUUAAGGUGAUUGAGAUUGAGAGAAGAACAAACAUGUCAGAAUAACUGGUUUCUGACUAAGCCAUAUGAUGCUGGUCUUCAACCACUAUGAAGCUGAAGACAUGAAACUGGGAACUUGGACUACUCGACCAGAUAUAACACCGGUAAAGUCGGUCCAUGUUAGCCUACUACGAUCUUUUUGCAUCCGGCUUAAAGGACGCAUAGCAUUGCGGAUAAUAAAUACUAGAAGUUAAAUGCAAAUGAUAUCAAGAUAUUAGAUUAUGUAACAGAUCAGUUGCUAUAUAUAUCUAUCAUUACCAGAUGAUAAUGGUGUCGAUUGUCAAAACCGAUGCUUGUAGCCAGUUCAUAUAUUUGAUGCAAGUAUUAGCGGUUGUACGGACCGCUGCUGGUGAUCGAUGUCAAUACCAUCACAUACUGGGUUUGUAGAUAUUCCAUUCGAUCUUCGUACCAUCACUUGUUUGUAGAUGCCUAAAUAUUAUUCAUACCCUCUGCUCUCAAUUUUCCUAUAUGUCCUGUUUUAUGGGAAUUUGAAGGCCUGAAUGAGGUUCUUCAUCAGUCUCCCAGUGUAAGAUUUUCAUCUCAAUCAGAUUAGCAAGAGAAAAAUUUUCAUU